ACAUUUCGUUUCGUUGACAAAAUGGAAGGGGGUAUCCAUUGGUCAGCAGUGUACUUUUGCAGAAAUUGAUGUGGUUAAAAUCUUCCUAUAGCUGUUGACUUGACCGAAGAAAACUUUGGGUAGGCUGCUUAGUAUCUAUGAAAGAAAAAAAGUGCGUGAAAAGUGCUGAGUGAAGGAUGGAAAGAUCAAACAGCAAAAUGAACUUCAUAUCAAUAGACACAGCAUUUUAUGACAAAUAUGAUAAGUCAGCACAAAGUUUCUCAUUAAGAAGGUUCUGGAGGAAGAUUCCUACUUUUCAAAAAUGCACAAUUUUUAUGAUAUUUUUCGUAAUUGUUCCGCUAUUAUUCUUGUUUAUCAAAUAUACAACACCGAAUAUACAAGCCAUAGAAUUGGACAGGGAACACAAACCACACAAAGAGUCAGAUGAAGCCAGAAGAAUUUUAUUUCCAUUAAAAAAGGGUUUACUACAACCAAAGACAUUAAACUUUGAGCCAAAGAAAAUACAACUCAAACAUGGUCCCCCUAAACUAGCUCCCAGGAAUAAGUUAGAGAAAAUUAGGCAAAUAAUGGAAUCAAAAAUAACUUCUAAGAAUCUUGAUACAAUGUUGAAAACUGAAGCAAAUACAGUAAGUUUUAAGAGUGAAGUGGAAGAAGGAAUUUUAAAGAAAGACCUUGCAAAGCAUCCAGAGCUUGUAAAGCAAACCAAUAGGCAGAAGGAAGUUGUAAAGGCUUUCUUGCAUGCAUGGAAAGCCUACAAAAUAUAUGCAUUUGGACAUGAUGAAUUAAGACCAAUUAGUAAAACCUUUAGUGAAUGGUUUGCUCUUGGAUUGACACUAAUUGACUCGCUUGAUACAAUGUGGCUGAUGAAUUUAAAGGAGGAGUAUAAGGAGGCUAGGGACUGGGUGGCAAAUGAACUACGAUUUGACAGAGCUGGUGAUGUAAAUUUGUUUGAAUCAACAAUCAGGAUCCUUGGUGGAUUACUUAGCAUAUAUCAUCUUUCUGGGGAUUCCAUGUAUCUUCAGAAAGCUAAAGAACUUGGUGAUCGACUGCUGAAAGGUGGCUUUUCUAGUGGUUCCAAAAUACCAUUUUCUGAUGUUAACUUGAUGACACAAACAGGCCAUUCCCCUCAGUGGAGUCAAUUUAGUUCAUUGUCUGAAGUAUCCACAAUUCAGCUAGAGUUUAAAGAUCUCAGCAAAGCUACAGGGAAUAAAGCCUAUGGGGAGGCAGUUGAUUCUGUUAUGGAUCACAUUUUUUCACUACCAAUGAAAGACAAUUUAGCUCCGAUUUUCAUCAGUCCAAUGAAUGGACAGUUUAUGAGUGGAGCAACAAUAACCUUAGGAGCUAGGGGUGAUAGCUACUAUGAGUAUUUACUGAAGCAAUGGAUCCAAUCAGGCAAGAAGGAAAAUAAGUUCAAAGACAAUUAUGUUAAUGCUGUCAACGGCAUCUUUGAAAAGCUUGUUAAACAUGCAAAACCAGAUGGUUUGGUGUUUGUUGGUGAAAUUCUUAAUGGCUUGACAUUCAGUCCAAAAAUGGACCAUCUUGUUUGUUUUCUUCCUGGAGUUCUGGCAUUGGGCUUUCACAAUGGGCUAGAUGUAAAGCAUAUGAAUUUGGCAAAAGAACUCCUUGAAACAUGCAACAGAAUGUAUACAGAUAUGCCAACUGGUCUUAGUCCUGAGAUUGUAUAUUUCAACAUGGAUAACAGCGGAAGCAAAGAUAUAACUGUGAAGCCAGCAGAUACUCACAACCUUUUACGGCCAGAAACAGUUGAGUCAAUGUUUGUUUUACACAGUCUUACUGGUGACAAAAAAUAUCAAGAUCAAGGAUGGAAAAUCUUCCAAGCAUUUGAAAAGUAUACUAAGAUCAAAGAUGGAGGGUACUCAAGCAUAAACAAUGUUUUAAGCCCACAUUCACCUGACUACAAAGACAAAAUGGAAUCAUUCUUUUUAGGAGAAACCCUGAAGUAUUUGUUUUUAUUAUUUGGAGAUGAGAACCAAGUCUCAUUGGAUGACUAUGUAUUCAAUACUGAAGCACAUCCACUCCCUAUUUGGAAGUAAGAAAAUUGUAGGUGUAUUUUAUUGUAAUAACAAUAUUUUUGAAAGCGAUGCUGCUCCAAAUCACAAAUAACAAUUUUAAAUUGUCUGCAAAAAACUAAAUUUAUAGGACUGAAAGCAACUUAUCUUCAAACUUAAUAAUCAGUAA